UCUGUAGCCUGUUCUGUCACACAGAAAUAUUACUCGGGGAGGAACAGCACAGUGUUUUUCUUGAGCUUUUUGGGAAAUUCCAAAACAAUGACACCGACAGGAACCUACUUACACCCCCCCCCCCCUUAGAGAAGCAGGAGAGAGAGGAGCAGGGCGGAUCGUUGGGGAGUUUCCAGUCAAAAUUAUUCAGCUCGCCUAACAGAAUACAGAAUCCUCCACUGAGGGACGCUCAAUGAUUAUUACGGGGAAUGGAGAUUGUAAUACUAGUUUCAUUAUUGUCUCUGUAUUGUGACUUCACCGAUGCUGAGUGCCUGGUGGUCAGUCCUGCCAGGCUGGUGGUGAAGCAUGGAGACCCAGCCUCCUCUAACUGCAGCUCAGAUACCCCUGUAGAGAUGGGCUGGGAAGCCACCCAGGGAGGGGCGGGUCUAACAGACAACAAGGUGAAGAUCCUAAACUGGAAGGUGGACAGUUUGACUGACUGGAAUAGCAAACCUACCUGCUUCACAGAGGGAGGCCAGUGUCAGAAACAGCUGAACAUCACAGUUUAUAAGCUUCCAGACCGUGUCUCCAUCAGCUACAGGAAGUACCCUGAUCCGAUGGUUGAGGGGCAUCAGUACCUGCUGCAGUGUCUUGUCCAGAACAUCGCUCCUAUUGGGAGACUCAGGGUGACCUUCUACAAAGUCAGUGCCACAGGUGAACAGACAGAAUUAGACACACAACAGAAAUCCAAGGACAACAUCAAGACACCAGAGAAUGGGACCUACACCCUGGACUUCACCCCUGGUAGAGAUGAUGACGGGGCCCAGUUGUUGUGUUCGGCCAUGUUGGAUCUGGGACCAGAGGGACCCCAACCUCCUCCUGUAAUGGACUCAAACCGCCUCAACACCAACGUGCACUACAAGCCUCAGAUCACUAGUCCUGGAUGUUUCUCCAUGAGCAUCACGGAGGGUGACACCCUAUCACUUAACUGUAGUGCAAAUGGUAACCCUGCCCCCUCCUACGAUUGGUUGCUCCCCCAUGCCGACCCCAACACCAUGGAAGAGAGAUCCGUAGUGACCAUCACCAACAUGGCCAAGUCUCACUCCGGAAAUUACACCUGCUUCGCCAGAAACCCCCUGGGAAACAGCACCUGUACUGUUAACGUGGAGGUCACAGAUGCUGAGUGCCCGGUAAUCAGUCCUGCCAGGCUGGUGGUGAAGUAUGGAGACCCAGCCUCCUCUAACUGCAGCUCAGAUACCCCUGUAGAGAUGGGCUGGGAAGCCAUCCAGGGAGGGACGAGUCUAACAGACAACAAGGUGAAGAUCCUAAACUGGAGGGUGAACAGUGUGACUGAAUGGAAUAGCAAACCUACCUGCUUCACAGAAGGAGGCCAGUGUCAGAAACAGCUGAACAUCACAGUUUAUAAGCUUCCAGACCGUGUCUCCAUCAGCUACAGGAAGUACCCUGAUCCGAUGGUUGAGGGGCAUCAGUACCUGCUGCAGUGUCUUGUCCAGAACAUCGCUCCUAUUGGGAGACUUAGGGUGACCUUCUACAAAGUCAGUGCCACUGGUGAACAGACAGAAUUAGACACACAACAGAAAUCCAAGGACAACAUCAAGACACCAGAGAAUGGGACCUACACCCUGGACUUCACCCCUGGUAGAGAUGAUGACGGGGCCCAGUUGUUGUGUUCGGCCAUGUUGGAUCUGGGACCAGAGGGACCCCAACCUCCUCCUGUAAUGGACUCAAACCGCCUCAACACCAACGUGCACUACAAGCCUCAGAUCACUAGUCCUGGAUGUUUCUCCAUGAGCAUCACGGAGGGUGACACCCUAUCACUUAACUGUAGUGCAAAUGGUAACCCUGCCCCCUCCUACAAUUGGUUGCUCUCCCAUGCCGACCCCAACACCAUGGAAGAGAGAUCCGUAGUGACCAUCACCAACAUGGCCAAGUCUCACUCUGGAGAGUACACCUGCAUCGCCAGAAACCCCCUGGGAAAAAGCACCUGUACUGUUAACGUGGAGGUCACAGUGAACUACCUGCCCAUCAUUGCAGGGCUGACUGCAGCUGUGGUGGUGAUCCUCUUGGUCUCCUGUUUCAUCUACUCCUGGCCACCCCACAGAGCCUGGUUCCUCUCUAGGUUUCUUCCUAGGUUUUGGCCUUUCUAGGGAGUUUUUCCUAGCCACCGUGCUUCUACACCUGCAUUGCUUGCUGUUUGGGGUUUUAGGCUGGGUUUCUGUACCCCACUUUGAGAUAUCAGCUGAUGUACGAAGGGCUAUAUAAAUACAUUUGAUUUGAGUUUAGAACACAUUCUUACUACAAACCCGGAUGACGCUGGGCCAAUUGUGCGCAACCACUUCCGGUUGUGAUACAGCCUGGAAUCGAACCAGGUCUGUAGUGACGCUUCUAUCAAUGAGAUGCAGUGCCUUUAGACCGGACCUCAUUUCAAAAUAGGCUACAUGUCAUAUUAAACAGCAUAUAAACACUAAAUUGGUCAGGAGCCUGAGAAGGAACCAAAAUGAAUGAUUUAAGCUAGAUUAUUUCAAUUAUUUCCAGGCUAUAGCCUACAAAGAAAUACAUUGUGAAGCAUUUACCAGUGCAACACAGUAGCCUGGUAGGGACCAGAGUAUGUGAGCGAUGCUGAAACAGAGCAGAGCGUGCUCAAUUGGACUGGAUCGUGGAGCGAGAUGUUAGGUUACAUACGGGGUGCCAUUGUUUUUUCUUUUCAGAUAUAGCAGUUGUUACACGCUGACUACAUGAAACAUCCACAACUAAAGAAUCAUUGUGGAAUCUUAAAAGACACUUAUUCCAAAAGUAUGACGGUGUACUUACUACGUGCUUUAGUACACCAUGCUAAACGAAAGGAAACGAGGUGGGGAGAUAACGAAGUGUGUCAUUGUAGCAAAGUAUUUAUAAACAAUCUGAUAUCUUAAACGUUUCGUUCAUUUUCGUUAUAUUAUUUAUACAAUAGGCCAUAAUUGAUUUUGGCCCAAUAGGCCUGGCAUAUUCCCACGUUUAAGGAGCUUUCCGUUUUGAUUGGGCCAUUUUGCCUAAAAAACCUUUAGGCCUACAUAUAGAUUUUUUUUGUAACAGUUCUGCCUAGGGUGGCCAAAUAUAUGAAACGCCGUUUGGGUCUUUGCAUGCCAAACAAAUAUACAUGUCAAAUAACACUAUUUGACGUUUCAAAUGAGCUUGUUGACCAAUCAGGACCUGAAAAUGCGUUCAUUUUUUAAAACGUAGUUAUUACACAUUGAUUACACAAUCACUACUUCAUAUGUCACAACGAUUCAUCGUUACGUAGUGUUAUGAUGCUGGUAAAGUUGUCUCGCGCACCUACAGUGGCGGUCAUAAAAAAAAGCUAGCUAGCUCAUGGAUGCAAACAAUGUUCUUCCCCAAAAACAUAGCAAAACGACAUAAUUUGUUUCAGUAGUUAUAUAGUUAGCUAGGUGUCAUCAUCUAAACUAACCCUAAUUUAUAAGACAGUUCAUAUUUGAUUAAUGGUGUUCGGACCCAUCUAUGUGAAGCGAGCCACAAUAAGGAUGAGCUAAAUAGUGGAAUUUGCGGUUAGCCUUCAAAAUAAAGGUAUGUAAUUGACAGUGAUGCAAAUGAAUACAAAUUGUAGAAUUAUGCCAUAAUUGAAUAGAUCAUGCUAAACGAGGUUGGAAUGUUGUUAUAUAAAAUCCACAAAGACAAUCAUUUGUUAAUUUGACAGAAAUCUGUUGAAAUCACACUGGAUGUAUUAGACUUUAGAAUUGCAUUAGGGGACAUACUUAUUUCACUGUACAGCCUUACCUAUGGAGUGUGGCUCAAUGACAUGGGGUAUCAGUCUACUCAGUGACACCCAGAGAACAUUAGUGUCGUAGCUCUUAUUGUGGGACUCUGAAACAACUGUGAAUAGAGACACAUUUACUGUCAACCUACGUGUAUUGAACACUAUUCCUGAGGAAAAACACUGUGUGGAUGUUUUGGAGUCUGAUAACUCUGACGAGGAUGUUGGGAAGAAAUAUAUAUUGGGUAUUGAUUGAGUAGACUGAUACCCCAUUUCAUUGAUCCCCAAUCCUGAAGUAAAGCUGUACAGGGCAAUGUGAAUGUCAAUACACACAACAGGCUGACUGGGGAGGUGAUUUCACACAGUCACAGGUGCUUGGUAAAUUAGACUUCUGUUCUAGUACAACGUUGUGAUACAGGUGCUUGGUAAAUUAGACUUCUGGUCUAGUACAACGUUGCGAUACAGGUGCUUGGUAAAUUAGACUUCUGGUCUCGUGCAACGUUGUGAUACAGGUGCUUGGUAAAUUACGUUCUACUGAGGUAACAUAUGGAAUUGUUCUAAGACGGUCGUACCAUUGAUCAUUUACCUAUUUGAUUUUAGGAUUUUUGUAAUUAUCUCCCCAAAAUAUUUAAAAGGCCAUUUAUAUAUUAAAUGUUUCACACAUA